UCGCAUCAGAAAAGCGUCAGAAAAUACGGAAGCUUGGUUUUGUCUGCCAAUCCAGACUCGCGUCUUUCAUCGAAUGACAGCAAAGCUUUGACGACCAGGGUGCAGUGCCCUUGCUACGGCCUGCGUCAUCCCGGACUGCUACCAAGGCUAAAACACACUACAGAAUCUCCUGUCUUAAAGUCAGGAUUGUGUAGAAAGGCUAACCGUCAUGGGCUUUACCGUGAUGUCAUCAAGUAUAGGGAUGAUGGCAAGAAGGCCAUCGAUCGACCACCCGGCUCUUCUCCCCUUGCCAACAUCUCCUUCCGGCUUGUCUCACCCAGUCAGCUCGAUAGUACCUCGUUAUUCAUCACAGCGUCGUGCUUUCUGGCGAUGCGUUCGUAGCAACCGCUUGUUUCAAAAUGCUUUCCAGCAACGCUGUCCAUCCCUCCUCCGCCGAAAAGAAGCAGAUGAUUAUCACCAAGCAUGGUCCGAAGAACGCCACAAUAGACACCCAUGCGGAUGGCGUCGGUCAAAGUCAAGCUCCAGCUUCAACCGCCAUGGUGGACGACGACAUCACUGGAGAGAAGACUGGGAUGAGACACAUAACUUGUGGGAGAUGAGAAAGGCCAAGAUGCAGCGACGGAUGGAGGAGUUUGAGAAGCAAAUCAGAGACGACCCCUACACAGCUUUAUUUGGGAGAAGAGUUGACGCCUUUGACCUGCGGGAUCUUGGGCACCGUUCGUGGGUGGAUAUGUGGCGUGCUUUUCUGGGACAUGAUAUUCAUGGCCAGAUGCGGGAUUGGAAAUCGUCAGAUACAGCGGCGUCUUCGAAUUUGAAGUCUAAGGAUACACCAGCAUCACGUCAGAAGGGCUUCAAAAAUGGAGACAAGAUGUCCUCUUCAGAUGCUUCUAUGGAUAGGGAGGCCAGAAAUGAGUCCCAACAAACCAAUGCAGAAGUAUUCGAGUUCGAUCCGAUCAGUGGUCGAAUGGUUCCAGUAGUGGAUGUGACGAGCAGAGUUGUGCCUCCGGGAGGCAGUGACAUGAAAGUCAAGAAUAAGAAAGAACCCGUUGACACAGUCCGGACCAUUGAUAGUUCGGUGGCUUCGUCUGAAUCCACUUCCCAGGCAGAUUCUGUGCAUAUGCAGCGGACCAAAUAUCUAUCAGAGUCGACUUUGACCCCAUCAUCCAGGUCUGGAUAUGAUAUCCCAUCUGGAGAACGUACACACCCAUUCGAGAAUAAUUCAGAUGACAUACAGGGGGAAGACUCUCGUCCGGAGGCUCUGGAUCAGCCAAGUCACAGGAUGGUUGACGCGCUGGACGUGUCCCAAACCUCGGAAGAUCCAACAAUGUUUAAAUCAACGAGACCGGAAAACUCCAAGAAGCCAUCUAUCUUGUCAUUAUCACAGCGGUAUAAUGAUAUUCUUGGAGAUUUACAGCGGCGAGAAAAGAAUGAAGACCUGGACCUCCUGCAGGCCAGUGAUAUCCGCGCCACUUACAACUCCAAAAAGGCAAAGCAGGAGCCUGAUGCACAGAAGGGACAUAGGCGGAAGGCUCUGGAAGAAGACUUCGAGUCCCAUAGAAUGCCAGCAAAUGAUACUCUUGCUGAAGAGAUUCUGGAGGACAUUAAAGGUCGACAACGCUUGAAAUCCGUCGGUGAGAAAAGCGGAAAAUCAUACAGCCAAUCUGAGACACGUCAACCGCUGGUUGAGAGUCUGGGGGCUUCAAGUGAAGGUCGACUGAAAUCUGAAAAUGAUGUGAAAUUGGACCGUGAUCAGUCACAUCAACCUGCUAUCCAGACCGAGAACAUGGCUUCUCUACAGCAUGAUAAUCAGCCACCAGGCGACGCCUCUGCGAGUGUUAUUCAUGGCGAAAUAGCUAACUAUCGCGUACUCGCAUACGAUUCUUCUACCCUCAAGGUGACUACAGCCGAAACCACGUCAUCUUUGCACGCUACCGAAACCCUACACCCGGCCGAGAUUCUGUCGCGCCUGAACAAUCCAGCCAAAUUUCUUCCAUACUUUGCAGAAAUGGAACGAGACGGAUAUGAUAUCGUAUCAGGUGGUGGGGAUAUCCUCGUAUUCGAGAAAGUGAGAGACAGAAGAAACACGGUAAACGCGCCAGCUGGAUCUCCUGUUGCAACAGCUACUUUAGAAGAACCCACUUCUCUUCACGACACUGAGCGUCUCCCAGCAGAAGCCGUUAAAGGAGAAUCCAAACGCGAAACCAAAUUUAGUAGUAAAGAUGCUGAAAAGGAAGCACCAUCAACAAACCAAGCGCCAAGGAUAGUUCGGAGACAGGAAGUCGUCUAUACAGGCGGACCGCCGAACUGGUCACCUUGGCCUCCGUCUCCUGCGCCUCCUGACGAAGCCAUCACUGAGCCACAACCAAGUCAGCAAAAGGAAGGCAGAUUUCGUAGGGCCGUGCGCAGAAUGUUGCUCGCAGGGACAGCUACAGCGGCUACAUGCUAUGCUGUCGGCGCUGUUUGUGAAUUCUUCCGUACAGGAGGGGAAGACGGACGGGGUUUCGAUGCGUUUACUGAGUUUGAAUCAGAAAGGAGGCAGAAUGAGCGAAGAUAGAGCUGUUCUAUGUUAUAUUUGAUUUAUUUUGUCUGUACUUAAAUGGUUAUAGAAUAACAUACCGACCCUCCCUACUCUUAC